CCACUCCUCUUCAUCCCAAUUUUCCCACUCCAUUUUCUCAGAAACCAAACAGAAAAUCCUCCGCAUAAACCUUUUACACCUGAACUCCCACACACUCCCAAAGCAAACCAAAGCUACACAGACGUCGAAAACAAGCAGGCAGCGGAAUUAUCGAAUAUUCUCUCCACCCAUUCCUCCCCUUUCCCCGUUCCGAUCCGAUCUAAUUUUCGUCUCUCUCUCCCCACCCCUCCGAUGAGCUCCGGUUCUUCCUCAGCCGCCGGCGCUUCGCCGGCCGAAUCGGCCGACAAGCAGAAGGAGAAGGCCAGAGUGAGCCGGACGUCCAUGAUACUGUGGCACGCUCACCAGAACGACGUCGCCGCCGUCCGGAAGCUCCUGGAGGAAGAUCCGUCCCUCGUCAAGGCUAGGGAUUACGACAAUCGGACUCCGCUUCACGUCGCCUCUCUCCAUGGAUGGAUCGAUGUCGCCAAGUGCUUGAUUGAGUUCGGCGCCGAUGUCAACGCCCAGGAUCGCUGGAAGAACACGCCCUUAGCUGACGCAGAAGGAGCUAAAAAACAUAACAUGAUUGAGCUUUUGAAGUCGUAUGGUGGUUUAUCCUAUGGACAAAAUGGUAGCCACUUUGAACCGAGACCUGUUCCACCACCGCUACCGAACAAGUGUGAUUGGGAAAUCGACCCGUCUGAGCUGGACUUCUCCAACUCUUCUAUGAUUGGGAAGGGAUCAUUUGGUGAGAUUUUGAAAGCAUAUUGGCGUGGCACACCGGUAGCUGUGAAACGUAUCCUUCCAUCUCUUUCAGACGAUAGACUAGUGAUUCAGGACUUCAGACAUGAAGUUAAUUUGCUGGUGAAGCUUCGUCACCCAAACAUAGUCCAAUUUCUUGGGGCUGUCACCGAGAAGAAGCCCCUCAUGUUAAUUACAGAGUACCUGAGAGGGGGUGAUCUUCAUCAGUAUCUCAAGGAAAAGGGUGCCCUUAGUCCUUCAACAGCAAUUAACUUCGCAUUGGACAUUGCGAGAGGCAUGGCCUAUCUGCACAAUGAGCCGAAUGUCAUUGUUCACAGAGACCUAAAACCAAGGAAUGUUCUUUUGGUCAACUCCAGUGCAGACCACUUGAAAGUUGGAGAUUUCGGAUUAAGCAAGCUCAUCAAGGUUCAGAACUCGCAUGAUGUAUACAAAAUGACUGGCGAGACAGGAAGCUAUCGGUACAUGGCUCCAGAAGUUUUCAAGCACCGGAAAUAUGAUAAGAAGGUUGAUGUCUUCUCCUUUGCAAUGAUACUCUAUGAGAUGCUGGAAGGGGAGCCACCACUUGCAGGUUAUGAGCCAUACGAAGCAGCCAAGUACGUGGCCGAAGGGCACAGGCCAUCGUUCCGUGCUAAAGGGUUUAUCCCUGAGCUCCGAGAUUUGACAGACCAGUGCUGGGCAGCUGACAUGAACAAAAGGCCUUCGUUCUUGGAAAUCCUCAAGAGGCUGGAGAAGAUUAAGGAAGUUUUGCCAUCAGAUCAUCACUGGCACAUAUUCAAUUCAUGACCAAAGUGAGAAUUAGUCAAGCAAAACGUCUUAUGCCCAACAGCGUUGCUUGCUUCGUCGCUAGGAUUUAUUUUCCUGGUACACCAUGAUUGUUCCAACCCUGCAAAUACUGGAUGUCAAUAGUGUGGAAAAGCAUUUGUUCCAUGGGCUAGCCAAUUUUUGGAUCUGCCAGCAGCUCAUACAGAAGAAGAGGGGGAAAUCUCUUCUAUUUGGAUGAAACUCUGCAAAACGUAUAUUUUUCCUCUCAAAGUUAUAGCUGUGCUUGAGUAGAUCAUCUUGAAUAGCGAUUUUCGCAGUUUUGUAUGCGCCCUUUUUCCCUGGACUUUUGUGUUGUGAGAAAUUCUUAGGUGCUCAAGCAGCACCACGUUGGAUUGGUGACUUUCUGUACUGUAUACUGUUCAAGUGUACAAAAAGACUCAUUUUGAGUUCUCAAUCCAUUAUGUAAAGAUUCAGUGGUAGAUUUGCCUCUUAUCAAUCUGCUGUUAGAUUUUGUCAAAAUGCUUCAUCCGGGAUUCUGGAUGGAUUCCGGCAAAAGAGCCCCUUCUAUACUCAACAAGUACGGUAUAGUCUUCGAUGCACAAUUCUUUAUCUUUGUUCAUACCAAGGGCAAUGGCUAAGAAUUCAGGAAAGGGAACGAAGAAAAGGUGUACUGCUGUGACAUCUAAAAAUUUGCUGAUUCUACUAAGGAUGAACUUUUGAAAUUAUUCCCGAGUACUACAACACUUGUGUAACAUUAUACAGUUUAAGGAAAAGGGAACCUGAAGAAAGGAGGGGGGAAAAUAGAGGAUGUCUACCUUGGCCAGAAAGAAAGAAAGCAAAAAGAGUUAGAGAGAACUUAAAUGAUCUUCUUCUUCUCGAAAAAUGUCUUGAGGUGCCAGAACUGGAAGCCGGCAACCGAUAAAGACAUCAGCAAGGAGAGAAUGCCUAGCCACCCCAUGGUCGAAUUGGUCGAUCUGUUCAGUUCUUGCAUCUCUUGUUCCCUCUGACGAAGAUACAAUAUUUCGUCUUGUAUGGCUAUAGUAGUGUCAUACAAUUUCUUCACCUCCAGUUCCAUUGCCUCCACGGAUCCUUUCUUUGCAAUGCUACU